AGUCGCUCGCCCCGCCCCCUAGGGUUGACGCCUGUGGAUGAGAGUAUCGUGUGACGCCUGCACAGCGGCACGGUUUCCAGUCUGUCUGUGGUAGAAUUUAUGUUUUUUUCCCAAAUACACAGAGAAAAGAGCAACAUUUUUAAGAGGACUCCAUUUUCCACCCCUUUACUCCCAAAGGUACAUAUAAACUGUGGUUUUCACGUUGAGCUUCUCUGACAGAAAAGGAGCCUUUGCAAGAGGAAAGUUUGGAAAACUAGAUUGCGACGCCACCUUCUCGUUGCCUAGUUACUGUUUCCACGGCAGUCGUUCCGUCAAAAACGCUAGACGAGCCCAAGAGUUGUAGAAGGGGUAUUUUACUUUCUUGCCGAGAGAGGACGCGAAGAAGAGGCCACGGGGGAAUUGCGUGAAAGAAACGUUAGUUCCUUGAGAAGGCAAGAGGGUAGGAGAGGAAAGGACAAGCUGUGAAGAAAGGGAUGGAGAUACUGCUAUAGUGAGAAAAAAGCUAAGUAGUUUUCAGGACUCAUAUGGUGGCCAUGGAUCCAACGGGCCCUUCUGAGAGCAUUUAUAACCUCAUACCCAGUGACUGGAAGGAGCCUCCACAGCCGCCUAGGUAUGUGUCGAUUUUUAAAGCAACUGUAAAAGAUGACAUGCAAAAAUUUAAAACUGCAAUGAAAACUAUGGGACCAGCAAAACUUGAAGUACCUUCUCCAAAGGAUUUCCUGAAGAAACAUUCAAAGGAAAAAAUUCUACCACCCAAAAAAAAGUUUGAAUGGAAUGAGCGCAGAAAGCCACCUGUGCCACUGAGGACUGAGCAUCCAGUCAUGGGAAUACAGAGUGAAAAAAAUUUUAUAAAUACAAAUGCAGCUGAUGUCAUUAUGGGAGUGGCUAAAAAGCCUAAACCAAUUUAUGUUGACAAAAGAACUGGAGACAAGCAUGACCUUGAAACUUCAGGGCUGGUUCCAAAGUACAUCAAUAAAAAGGAUUACGGUGUCACACCUGAAUAUAUAUGUAAGCGAAAUGAGGAAGUGAAGAAAGCCCAAGAAGAAUACGAUAACUAUAUCCAGGAAAACCUCAGGAAAGCAGCUAUGAAAAGACUAUCUGAUGAAGAAAGGGAAGCGGUUCUGCAGGGGCUGAAAAAGAACUGGGAAGAGGUGCAUAAGGAGUUUCAGUCCCUCUCUGUCUUCAUUGACUCCAUACCAAAGAAGAUUCGCAAGCAGAAGCUGGAGGAAGAGAUGAAGCAGCUGGAGCACGACAUUGGUGUCCUCGAAAAGCACAAAGUCAUUUAUAUUGCUAAUAAGAAAUAGUGGGUUUUAAAAAAUAAAAUCAUUUUAGCACAUGGAAAAAAACACAGAAAACAUAAAAAUGAAACCAUAAAUUUUUUCAAGGAGGAAAAUACUAUGAAGAAUAGAAAAAGUCUUUACCAAAAUGCUUAAGCAGUGUUUAAAGAAUAAUUGGAUUAUUUACUUACAUAGAAAAAAAAUUUUUUUACUAGCAUCAGGGUUUCCUUGUAACCUGAUUAAAGUUUGAUUUUAGAUUUUCUAGUUCUAUAGCAUAAUUCAUUAUACUUGUUUCAGAUAAACAUUCAUUUCUGGGUCCUGAAAAACUCAGCACUCAGAACUUCACAUUUUUUUUCUUCACUGUGUUAAUGCAAGAAACACCAGGUUAAAAACUGUAAAGUAUUUUGAAUUAGAAAUAACUGUGUACUUUGUACUUUUACUACUCUGAAGUGUUUUCUACAUAUUCCAGAGAUCCACAAAUUACAUGUAUUCUCUGGUAGCCUAUGUCAUUUGCAGCUAUUCACACCUAUUAAUAUUUUCAAUAUCCAUAAUGUUAUAUAGGCUGAGAGGUUUACAUUUGAAGGAAGAAAAAUUAAGAAAAUAACAUAAAAUCACGGAGAAAACUUAUAAAUUGCAUCACUGAGGAUUGUUAAAGAGAAUCACCUUCUUUCUGACAUUCGACUUUCAAAACCUGCUAUUCUAGGUGCCUUAUAUUCUAUAAUUUACUAUAUGUAUUCCACUAAUAUGGGAUAUUAUUUUUACUUUUUGGCUUUCUCUAUUUUGUGAAUUCUGAUGUUUCUAUUUGUAAGGUUACAUAAUUUAUUAAGCAAUAAGUUUAUGUAAGUAAAGCUGUCUUCAACUCAAAAUAAAUGAGCCUAUAAGUAUCCAA